UUAAAAGACGGAYGGAAGUUUUCUGAUUGUCGCGUUCAUCGACAUUUUCUUAAAGGAAAAUUGAAGGAUAAAUUCUUUUUUUCUUCCUUUUCUUAUAAUUUCAUAUUUGUAAAGCAAACGAUGGCUUUCUGAAUCCAAGUGCGUGAAAUACGAAAUUAUUGCUAUUGUGUUGAAUUGUGAAAAAAAAACAAAUCUUAAAAUAUUCAAAAAAAUGUAAUGAAAAAUCUGGUUGAAGUUUUUUUUUUUUUUUCUGAUAUCACAGAAAGAGUGAAAAGAAGAGGGGACAAAAGCAAAUAGGUAAAAAUGACGGUUUCAAUGAGUGAGUGAACAAAAGAGAGCGUGAAUAUGUGAACGUAAAUAAGAAGCUGAGAAAAAAUCGAAUUCCAUUGUAGUUUCAACAAAUUAAAAUUCGAAUUAGAAAUGUGGAUGGUAAUGCUACAUGUAUUCCACAAAAGCUGAUUGGAAAAGAAUAACCGCAUAUUAGAAAAAAAACAAUUAAAUAGAAAAAGUGUUGAUUUGAAUAACAAGAACGCUGAAUUGUGAAUCUUAUCAUAUCUUGUACAGCACAUAAUGUUAACGAAAACAAAUUCUGYAAUAUAAUCGUGCUUAAUAUUAUUAAUAUACAACAAGUAAUUAAUAAAAGAUAUUAGUGAAAUAAGAUAAUUGGACUGUGAAUAAAAAUGCUGGUUUUUAUAAUAUAAUGACUAUGUUUGAAAAAACUACGGAACCUGCCGAUAAAAACAAAAUGGAAUAUGCAACCAUGAAAGACAAAUUCUUAGGACUUGUUAAGCAAUAAUGCGUUGUCAUCCUUUAAAAAGUAUAAAGUUUAAUAAAAAAGCCAGCCAUUAACAGCAUCAUCAUUACCAAUACCAAAAACAACAGCAACUACUCUCCCGGAAGUAUUGUGAUUUGCAGAAAACGAUUUCAACGUCCAACUGCGUCUUCAGUACCGAGUAGCCGAGAAGCUUUGCAUGUAAYACCAUGCCUUUGAAGGCAGGCAGGCGUUUAUUAUAACGAUUACUUCCGUUCUUUUGCUAAAAUUGCUGUUAGCAACCGUUUUUUCAUAAUUGAAUUUGUGAAUUAUUGAAAUCGAUUCUCAGCCUCGAUAGCUGAAGAGAUGGAAAUUACAAAGGAAAACUUACAAAACGAAAUACUCGCCACCACUGCAAAGUAUUUUUUCAACCCACCUACCUUAUGGAUCUCGAGCAAAUAGAAAUAUGCUCACAUAUGUAAAUACACAUAUAUAAUAUAUAGAUGAAAACUCUCACAUAUUUUGGACACUAACUAGUAAAUAACAGUGUUCAGACAGCAGCGAAAACGAAAUAAUUAGAGCAUUUAAGAUGCCAUUUUUUAAACUUGCAUAAGACUUCACCGCAAACAAAUUACAUUACGCUCUUGACAGCGCGGACUUUGCAAUGUUUACUUCGAUGUUUCGUGCAACAUCUGAAAAAUGGUCAAAGCGGUUUCAGCUCGAGCAACAGCAACCACGGCCGCUUUGUACGUAGCAAAACAGCAAUUGCAAUUACAACAAGAACAGCCGAACGGCAAAAAAUCCACGCAAAAUCAUCAAAAAGAACAGGCGACUUUUUUUCGCGCUGAACCCGAACAAAUUUUAAAACAACGUGGACAGCAGUUUACUCUUGACGCUGAGGAGGUGGACGAGGAGGAGGAGGAGCCGUGUGCGAAACGUAUCGCUGUUGCAUCGCUCAGCAAAAUGGUAAUACCAUCCUUGGCGGCAACAGCAACCACCAGCACAUCAUCAGCGUCCAUAUCCUCUUCUGUCGCAUCAGCAACAACGACGAACCAUGUUAAUACGUAUGCUGCUGAUCAGCAACAAAUACAACAACAAAGGCAACAACAAAAUGCUCUCUAUCAACAACAGAACCCGCCCGCUAGCCUCAAUAGCCAACAGUCGGCGCCGCGGCAGCAUCCGAAAAAGCGGAAAUUCGAUCCAGCCGAGCUGGACCGGCAACAGCAAACCUCACCACAACUACAGCACCACAGCGAUAGCGCAGCAGCAACGUCGUCGAUCACCACAACAACCACAUUAUGGCAUGAUAGCAAGCCAAUUUCGACGAAUAAAAACGUUAAUGUAAAUGCCGAGAACAGUAACGGUAUCUUAACUUCGGCGAGCUUGAAGAACGGCAACGGGGCAGCCACAACAASUGCAAUAUCAUCAGCAGCAACAGCAAAUAAUGUUGCUACAACAAGCUGUAAUAGCAAUCUUUCGUGGUCCGCCACAACAACAAGUGGUGCAAAUGAAGAUGCGACAAAGACGGAUAUUCUCCAUACAGCGAUACGUUCGACUGUUCAACAACAACAACAACAGCAUUCCCCAGCAACAUCGAUGAUUGUGAGUCCGGUGGCAACGGCGACACAUUCCACCAUAACAUUGCCGGCGGGAGUUGUAGUUGGCGCUGGCGCCAACGGUAACAGUGGAACUACAGUUGUAACGGCGGUUGGACGAGGCGGCACUUCCCUAGAAAGCCCCGAGAAACGCAUCAUCAUAACAAGCACACAGCCUUCAAGUAAUUAUAAGCUGCAAAAUGUGUUGAGUGUGACUCACAGCACCGGCAGUAAUCGCACUCUGAUUUCUACAAGCAAUACUACGUUGCAACAACAACAACGCCACACCUAUCAACAGCAUUUGCAACAACCACAGCCUGUGGUUACCAUGCAGCAAAGGCAACAGCAACAGCCGCCACUAGUUGCUAAUUUGGAUCUCAGCGAAUGGUCAAAUACGCGCGUAUUGGCCAAAUUAAAUAAUUUCUAUGCAUCGGGUAUUAUACGACACACAACAUCGUACAACGGCAGCUGUAGUGGUGCAGAUGCCAAUGGCAGACCACCUUCAGCUGCUACACCGAAUUCAAUUACAGUCGAAUUCGAUCCGCCGGAAAAUUGCACACAACCCUAUACGGACGUUUUGGGCAAUGGGCGUUUCAAUGUGAUAUUGGACGCUAGUCCACCAUUAGCCGAUAUUAAUGUGGACACUCGCGUUUGUGUGCGCAGUCAGAUAGAAGGUCGUUCCGGUUACGUUUUUGUGGAAGGCACUGUUACGGCCAUCAAUACAAACACAAAACAGUUCACCGUUCAAAUUCUGACGGAUUCGACACCAAUAUUCAAAACGGUUAAACGGGCAGAUUUGCGUCUGCUGCUACCGCCAUGGUGGGACGAAUUGCGUGAGCUUUCACCUUUUCCACAGCAACACCACACACAUGUUUUUGGCACUCAUAAGCCAAGCGGUGCACAUUCAACGCUGCUCACGUCUCCACAUCAACAACGCACUGCCAGCGGCAGCGGUACUUCAGGGUCAGCAACACACAAAACCAGUGCCGGUCACCAUCAUCCACAAUUGAGUUAUGCGGCUACACGUUAUGACAGCAAAGUUCCGGCACACCUUUCGGUAGCGGGUUCACAACAGCUGCCCGCACACAUGACGUCAUAUAGUGCCGCACAGCAGCAUCUGCAAAAGCAAGAAGAGUAUUAUCGGACGACUGCCACCUCACCCUUCCAAAAUGUGGGUGGCAGUGGGCAGUCAUUGAUUGUGAACGCCCACAAUGCGGGAGCGAUUGGCAAGAUAAAUGGCAACGGUAACAUGGCCACGACGUCGCUACCCGAAAUUGUUGUUUCGCAACAGCAAUUGCAGUUGGGUGGCGGCAGCAGCAGCAGCAACCAUCAGCUCUCACAAUCGCCAUCAGAUGAUCUACAGCGGCGUCAGUCACGGCAAUACGAUGAAUUCGAGUCGGAUGAUGAAUUAAAGGGUGUGCAAAUAGAUGGUUACACGCUUGGCGAUGGCGACCCCGAGAAGCUAUCGGCGGGCAGCAAGCGUAGCAGUGUACAGAGUCGCGGCAGCACAUCAAGCACCCCAAGCAGAUCUCAAGGAACUACACCGCAUCGUUUCAAUAAGGGUGAUAUUGUUCAGUCGGAAUCCGGUGUGCGUAAAAAAUACAAUGGCAAACAAUGGCGUCGCCUAUGCGGUAUGUGCUCCAAGGAAUCUCAGCGUCGUGGUUUGUGCUCGCGCCAUCUUAAUCAGAAAGGCAAUGCUUUUCGGCCUAAUGGUGCUAAUCGAUUUCCUCGUGAUAUGAAUAGCCGUUCAAGCAGUAAAACGCAAGUGGAUGAAGACACUUCGCGUGACUCAGAAACGUCACCCAACUACCGUGCGGCAGGCCGCUCUGACCAGGAGGAAACUGAUGUGGCUAAUAUUUUAGUGUCACUGAGCAGUUCUCGUUCGGCCACGCCAAGCUAUUCUUCGCCUGUCAACCACGGUACCUCACCGAUGAAUGUUACCAACUCGCCCGUGCCAGUCGUCUCCAAUCGCCAAAAUUUUUUCACGCCAAUAGGCGGUGGCCCCGUUGUGACAGCGGACGCACAAACAACUAAGUGGAAGCCCGCAGCUAGCCCCAUACAAUAUGGUACAGUGGGCUAUUCACAAGUUAUACGCCCGGAAACGGUGCGUGCGCAAGGCAACGCUACAGCACCACCGCCACAACAAUCGCCCGUCUCUAUGGUGAUACACAACCAGAACAGUGUUAAUGUAGCAGCUGCACAGCUGCCCGGAACCGCUGGCAAUAUACAUCAUUCCUCUCUGCACUCAGCGCAUCAACAGGUACCGCCACCACUAUCUCCAGCACAAUCUGCUGUCAUGCAGCAGCAGCAUCAUUUGCAGCAACCGCCACUUGCGCAUAGCCAUAUAUCCCUGUCGCCGGGUGGGCCGCCUCCACCGCAACCGAUCGUUAGCAGCGCAGUGAUUGCACCACCUCGGCCACCUGCUUCUGUGGUUACAAGCGUUGGUCACGCCACCACCAGCGUUAUACGGAUCUCACCUGCUGCCGCCGCCGCCGCUGCCGCAAAUAAUGGUUCCACACAUGGCAGCACAGUAGCUCCGUCAUUGCCGCAAUCCUUUCAUCCUGUCAUAGUCGAUCCCACGCAGCUGGUGCCUUUGCUCUCGCCGGCGAGUGGCAAUUCAUCGUUGCAGACAGGACAACCCACAUUGGUUUCGAUCAGUAGCAGUUUGGGUGUGGGUGGGAGCAAUAGUUCGCUCUUAGCCGCCGCACAUCAGCAUAAUUUGCAACAACAGACGGCAGCGCCACCGAUUUCAAAUGAAAAGACGAUUCCAAAAAACGGAUUUCCGCCGGGGUCGAUAUAUCAAUGGCAAACGCUGUUGCCCACCAUCAGCCAGUCCCCCGUUAAACCGACCAAUUUUACAAUAGCCGGCAUCAUACCGCCAACGGCGGAAACACCACCUCCACAACAACAACAGCAAACAACACAAGGAAUUAAUUUGAUAAAUCACCAUGGUGCGCACAACAAUCUCAGCAAUCAUAGUUUGAGCGUCGGUCAUAAAAUAACCGCCGAUUUAGAUUCACCCGAGAAACCGCUGAAUUUCUCAACAAGUGAUGCGGCCGCCGCCAAGAAUAAUGCUUUGAAUAAAAAUAAUGGAGCUGGCACAUCUAGUAGUAGCGGGGGCAACAGCAGCGUACCACAAGAAGAUAACGACGAUCAAUUAGACGAUGAUGUAUUCGAACCAAUGGCACCAGCACAACCCAAGCCGAAGCACGCGCGAUUCGCCAUCAACAGCAGCAGUGAUAGCUAUAGAUAUGGCAGUUCGUCAAAGAAUAAAUAUGGCAAUGAGGGUAUGGGAGAGGCGAAGACAUCAACAGCAUCGGGUAAUAGCAGUUCGGCGGCCAAGCGACGUUCACAAUCGCUCAGCGCUUUACAACAACAGCAACAACAGGCAAAAUCAACUGCCGGAGGAGGAACUUGUGCCAUUGACAAGGAACCCUCCAGUCCAGAACCGGACAAAAUCCGUCGUCCUAUGAACGCUUUUAUGAUUUUCUCUAAAAAACAUCGUAAACUAGUUCACAAAAAGCAUCCGAACCAAGACAAUCGUACUGUUAGCAAAAUUCUAGGCGAAUGGUGGUACGCUUUGAAACCGGAGCAGAAAGCUAAAUAUCAUGAAUUGGCCAGUUCGGUGAAGGACGCCCAUUUCAAGAUGCAUCCACAUUGGAAAUGGUGUUCGAAAGACCGUCGUAAGUCCUCUAGUUCCGSCAAGGGGGAAACAUGUGGAGGGCCUUUGGACAUUAGUGACGGCAUCGACUUGCCAAUACAUAGUCCCGGUUCAGCGAGUGCUUCAAGCAACACCGCCAUCGAUUCUCAAAGUGAUAUCAUACCACUUACAAUUGAAGAAACUCUGGGUCAAGUGAAAGAAGAAAAGACAAGUAUUAAAGCGGAGUUGGUGCAACCAAACGAAACGCAGCAGUCCGAUGAUGAGCACAUGUUGGUGGUAGAUGAAGCUACAAACAGUAAGCUAAGCAGUAAUAGCUGCAAUUUAGGAUCUCAGCAGCAGGAGUCUGCAUUGAAGCAAAUAGAUUUAAAGUGUCGUGAACGCGUUACCGAUUCCGAUAUAGAGGAUGCGGCCUAUGAUUAUAGAAAAACCGUAACGAAUGCAGUGAAGAGUGUACAAAGUGAACAUUCAGCUGAAAACGAAAAGCUCUCAAUGUCGAAGGAAGCAAGUAUAAAAAAUGAGAGUCAAAAUAAAUCGGAGGAAAUGUUGGCGCUCAGCACUUCUGGCAACAACGCGCUUAACGUGAAUACUGAACGAGAUAUUACACUGAAACCGAAACCCAUCAAGCCAUAUGCUUCCAGCAUUGAAAGUAGCAUUCUUAGUCCACAGCAGCUGCCGAAGUACUCAUACAACAGUCCGAAGAACCCAAUCGGUGUAACACCAUUCCAACCAACAGGCGGUGCGUUCAAAACCAUGCCCAUAAGCCCGAAAAGCACAAAGAUAGACGAACAGCAGCUGCAACCACUGCAUAUAAAGCAGGAGGAUAUCAAGCAAGAGUUGCCUUCGCCAUACAAAAUGAAUGGCGGCGGUGCAAAUGUAAAUAGCGUAUUCACUUUCAAUGUACCAAUGGGCGCGGCAGCGGGUCUGAAUCAAAAGACACAACAGACAACAGGACAUCCAUUACGCAGUCCUAAUACCAUGGAGGGUAGUAAAGCCAACGCAGCGGCAUCUUCGGUGCCUUCGUCACCUGCAUCGGUUAGUGUAGCCAACAGCUCGACCACGGGCUCCUGUUUUACCAGCACUCCAGUCAUGACGCCGACACAAAUACUCGCAACGACGACUUGUGGUAAUGGCGGAAUCGCAAGCGGCCAGAAGCAAAUACUUUUCACAGUCAACAAUAUGUUAAAUCAGGUCGCUCUUCUGCCAAUGCCACAACUAACAGAAUCAGUAGGCAGUAUCGCCGGCGCCGGCAAUGUUUCUUGUGGGCCAAUUAAGCCAACUCCCAUCUCUUACCCCAAUUACAAGAAGAACAAUGGCCAAACGACUUACGGUGUGAAUACAAAUAUAAGUGGUGGCAGUGCUUUAUCAAAUACCAACAAUAACAACGCUAUUUUACUACACAAUUAUACUGAGUCUACACCAAAAUCACCGUCUUGCAAAUCAUUACCCACCACUCCGAAAUCGGCGUGCUUGUCUUCAGCUUUCGCAAUGAAUCCACCGGACUCGGCUGGUAAACGCAGCACAGAUAGCAGCUCAACCUCAGCUUUGGACGCCGAGGAUGAGCAGAAUGACAUUGGUGGCAGACAGCAAUUCAUUUUAGCACCAACACCUGCGCAACUGGGACGUGCGAAAUUUCCGCGACGUAAAAAUUUUUCAUCAAACAACGCAGCUGGCGAAAAUAGCAAUAAUAACACAUUUGCUUCAACCGUCCUGAUGGGGUGCAACUCUAUGAAGAACUUGAAUUCGCCUAUUAUGGUGGACUCAUCAUCGCCGAUUAUUGGUAAUGUGAACACGGUUGUCAGUUCUAUGACAUCAGCGCUGCCCACACCCACCUCSUCAACGAACACGCCCAACAGCGAUGAACAAAUGCCUACCACACCAUCGGCAGUUAAUAGCAAUAGCAGUGCCGGYAGCGUGAAUGAUUUAAGCGGUGUGUUGAACCCAAAGUCGCCGUUAAAAUCAGCAUCAGCGACCAAAAAGAAAAACGAUGACAUGGAUAACRUCCUAAAACAAGUUGAUUUUGAGAAGAAAUAUCAAGCAUUGCCACAGUUCAAACCAGAGGAUUGCCUAUCUCCCAGCGCCAUCGCAGUGCCAUCAUCGCCACGCGUCUACGGCACUAAUUAUCGAAAGAAAAAUCCACCACAGCCAAUUGUGCCCCCAAAAAAGCUCGUGUGUGAGGAUGAAUCAGCCCUUGAGACAGCAUCCUUGCCAUCAACGCCGUCACAGCGUUUCUUCGGGCCCGAUUUCAAUAUUGAACAGCUAAAUUUGGAGAAUUCCGAUGAGACAGAUCGUUCGCCCCGCACUCCACAAACACCUUUACAAAGUGCACGAUCCGAUGCGAGCGAGAAGGGUCAUCGUAAAGUAUUGGAAAUACGUCGGAAGUUUGUUUACCAACUUUUCAACGAACACGGCAUGUUUCCAUCAACUCAAGCUACAAUGGCUUUUCAGAAAAAGCACAUCGAUGUAUUUCCGCGAAAACAAGAUCUCCAAUUGAAAAUACGCGAAGUGCGCCAAAAGUGCAUGAGCCAGGCUGGAUUCACACCACACUCGGCCGGUCCUAUGACACCAUCCGCUGAAACCAGUCUGUCCACAACUUCGGCAACAAUAACAACAAACACAACUAUAGCAACAACAACGCUAAACCAGAACUAUGGGAGCGGAGAAAAUUACGCGCAAUCACAAUCAAAUGACGAAUAAUUAAGUAAAGCUUCCCUGAAUACGCAGCUCGUGUGAAGAGCUGAUAGUAUUAAAAACACAAUAACAACUAUGGUUCAUAUUUCUUAGAAAAAGAGAAAGUUAAUGGGAGAGUUCAGUACAAUCAAAUUCAAAUUCAGUGUGCCAUGGCAUAAUGUAAUUAUGCAAUUUAUGCAUAUAACCAUAAUAUAUGCCAUCAAGAGCCGUAAGUAAGUAACAUUUGCAACCGCAAAGAGGGGAAGUUUUUAAUGCCAAUCUAAGAAAUAUUUGAUCAUAUAMAAAGGAAAGUAAUUGCCUUUGAUAUACCAGAUGAACUGCGUGACAGUGUAAAAGUUCUGUGACAAUGAUAAUGUAUUAUUGUUCGAAAACGAUUUGAUUACCUCUUUGGGAAAGUUUAUACAUUUAUGUUAUAUUUGGAGAAUUCAUAGAAGACAUAAAUUGAUAAAAAGAUAACCGUUUAGUAUAAGCAAUAAGACACGCGACCUGGCAACAACAACAUACAACACGAUUGCGGUUUGUUGCAACGAUACACCAACAACGCCAGCAAAGAAUUACCAGCAUUAAUUAAUUGAUAAACGCAUACGCCAAGCCUAGAAAACUGAAAUGAAAUGGAUUCGAAAAGCGAUUGUAUUAAGAGAAUCACAAAAUGAACAGCACAGUAAAGAAACACACAGUAAAUUGAUUUAGCACACAUAUAAUGCAAACACUUUAAAACAUAUAUAACUAAUCCCAAUUAAUUAAAGCUUAAAUAGUUUUUAAUUUUAAAACGCAUCAAUAAACAAUAUUGCAAAGCAUACAGGAUAGAAAUAAACCUUUAUUCAAGCAUAUAAUCAAUGUAAUGAAUUCAAAUAAGUGAAUAAUGAAUUAACCGAUUGUAUUAGUACACUCAAACAACAAACAAAGAAAACCGAUAGAAAGAAAAAAAACAAAUAAAGAAGUACAGAAAAUAAAUAAUUAAUUAUUAACUAAGUAGCCUUUGCAGGUUAGUGGGUGAAGUGAACUCAAAUUUUAAAUUUAAUUAAACUAAUUAUAGAUGAAACUUAAAGAUGUCUUAAACAUAAUGUUAACACAUUUAAUAAAUUGCUACAAGCGGCACACGGUGAAAAUUAUAYAAACUUGGCAAACAUGCUUACACGCAGAGAUAUAAUAACGAAGUAGCCCAUUCAAGACACAAAUAUUAUUAUUUUGUUCAACAUUUUAAAACAGCACAUAAGCAAACAAGUAAGUGCAUGCAAAUAUUUUAUUAAACACAAACACAUACAUAUAUACACCCAUACAGUUAAAAGUAUUGGUAAUUGAGCGAACGUAACCUAUAAUUACUUUGAUGCCUCCUGCAUACUCUCGGCRUUCGUCUUACGACUAUGCAGUUUAUUUUACAUAAUAAUUGUACACGAUUACAAUUUAUAACAUUAUGUUAGUUGUAAAAACAUUGAAACAUAAAUUGAAGUAAAACUCCAUGUAAAUCAA